UACAGAGGACCACAGAUCACACAGCUACAGAGGACCACAGUCCCACAGCUACAGAGGACCACAGUCCCACAGCUACAGAGGACCACAGUCCCACAGCUACAGAGGACCACAGUCCCACAGCUACAGAGGACCACAGUCCCACAGCUACAGAGGACCACAAUCCCACAGCUACAGAGGAUGAUGAUGAGAUAUCAAUGGAUCUUUAUCAAGGCGUCCAGUGUGUCCAGUGAGCAUGUGGUGGACGUGGAGGACAUGAAGCACAUGGUGCAGCUGCUCCACACGGCCCUCCACCUGCCUGACCACCACCUGGUGAAGAGGGCAGCUGCUAAGCUGGAUGGACUCAAACAGGACCUCUCACCUCUGGAACAGGUGAAGGCACAGCUGGCGCGCAGUGCAGAGUUCCACUCCUCCAGGACUCUGUGGACAGGUGUGGCCCUGCUGUCUGUGCAGGGCGGGGCCUUGGCCUGGCUCACCUGGUGGGUGUACUCCUGGGACGUCAUGGAGCCCGUCACCUACUUCCUUACCUACUGCACCAGCAUCGGAGUCUUCUCCUACUAUGUCCUCACCAAGCAGGAUUAUGUGUAUCCAGAUGCCAAAGACAGGCAGUUCCUGUAUUACUUCCACAAGGGUGCCAAGAAGGAGCGCUUCAACGUGCAGAAGUACAAUGAGCUGAGAGAGGAGUUGGCUUCGGUGGAAGAAGAUUUGAGACGUCUAAGGAAUCCAACCCAACUUCAGCUCCCUGUAGAACAGAUCCAGAGCCAGCCAUGAAGAGCAGCCCCACACACACACCGUCAAACUGAAGGACUACUGAGCAGCACCACACACACACCGUCAAACUGAAGG